AUGGCCGAUCGAGGGCCCCCAGUGGACACCGAGCAGGUGUGCCCUGACGGCCAGACCGGCUCUUAUUCGACCAAGCAUCGUAGACUCCAUCCGUGGCUUCCAGCGUCCCAUCUUCCCAAAGUCCAGGGCAUGGCCGAUCCCUGGCUUGUCGCCGGUCUCCGCCAGGUCAGAUCCGACCAAUUUCGAGCCGUGCAAGUGCUUGUUUCUUGGUGUUUCUUGUCGCCGUGCUGCUUUGGAGCCCCGUUGAUCGCCUAUCAGCCUUCCCUUUCAACCUUGGCUCCAUUGACGUUGUCGCUUGCCCGCUGA